AUGGCGGGGGAGGGGGGGCGCUCAGGGGGCCACACGGAGAGUGGGCGCCGCGGCCGGCCCCCUGCGCCCCCGGCGGUCACAAUCGCCCCGCUCCACUGCGGCCGCCGCUCCCCUCGCGCGGCGGCGGACGACGACGACGACGACCGGCCUAACGUCCCCGCCCCCCGCCGCUGCCAAGCUCGCCGCGGCGCCGAGCCGGGUCACACCCACAAGGAGCAGAGGGAGCCCGCCGCCCCUGGCUCGCGGGAAGACUCCAACAUGGCUUCCGCCGCUCCUCCCCUCCCUCCAGCUCCCCCGCCCUCCGCCUUUCCCAGCGCCAGUGCGACUGCGCAGGCGCGAUCCCGGGCCUCGGUAGGGGGAGCGCUCUCGGGCCGCCUGGCCGGACCAGACCUGCCGCGGAACGACUCUGGGCAGGCUUUGGUGGCCCCGGGGUCUGUGGCAGGGACAGGCGGGAAGCGGCUCCUAACGCCGAAAGUCGGACAUGCGGAAUAUGGUAGUCCUAAGUGAUUCCAUGAGUAUAUUUCCCUGCACUGCUAACGCAGUCUUCCCAUCAGCUGAACUGGGACAAAUGGCAUCAAAAAAGCAAGGGAGGGAAGCUGAAGAAGAUAAUGGAUCAAGAGUGUUAAAUGCCAAAAAAAGAAAAAGAGAAACCUAUCAGUAGAUUUGUCUUCCUGGAGCCCUCACUCUGAGAGACCCUUCAUGUGCCAUGCUGGCGAUUAGCUCUGCAAAAGCACGCGGCCCUCUGACAGAGAGUGAGUCACUGCUUCAAAGAAGUGUAGACUUCGCUUUCAUCCAUAGGAGCAGGGUAAGAAAAGCUUCCACUCCUACUUCUAUGAGGAACCAUCACUCAACUGCUUUGUUCUAGCCUGAGGGUAUGUACUUUUCACAGGCUUUUAAUUUUUACUGAAAAUUAUCCAUCAGGCUUCCCACCAAAGCCUGGGUGCCAGCUGGAGUCUGCACACAUCAAAGUGGCUUCUGGGAUACCUGCUCCAAAUGGGAAUCCCCCCACCAUUCGAAAGUAGCUGUAGCUGCAUGAAUGAAGUGUUCAAAAUGCUAAGCAGAAUAAAGUUUAAAGAAUACAGUGUAUUUAUUGACAUCUGACUGACAGAAAAGCCCCAGCAAAUGAAAGGGAGGAGAGGAAGAAACAGGUUCAGAAUAGGGCACUAUCGAAUUCUGGCAUAUACUGAAUUCCAGCAUCAAACGUCUAUUCUUCUGUGCAGAGUCACUCUCCUCUACUAUCUAAAAUUGUGUUCUGUUUAUUAUGAAAUUAGUUUUUAAAAGUGUCUUCCGAUAAGCUUGGAUUUAUCCCUAAAAGGCAAUAUGAGCUCUGUUACAAAACAGUAGCUUAAUAUCAAAGAUAGGUUGUGUCAACUGUAUGUAGCUAUUAGUACAUAGUAGAUAAAAGAAGCUAGAAGAGCUUCAUGAACACAAAUGUGGCCGUAUUUCCUCUAUGUAUAGAAAAUGGGCUAGACAAAAGCUAGGAACAGGAGACAGAUGAUAUCUUUUCACCUAUUGACAUCAGCCAAGCUGGAUAAAUAGCUCAUGUGAUGAUAAUAACAACCUUCAUGAAGAAGAGAAAGUAUUAACUCAGGAGAAAACAAGAGUUUUUGAAUUCAAGCCAUGGUUAAGCCUCAAAGAACUGCUGUCAAAGUCCCUUCACAUGGUUCCAGAGACUUUGGACUAUAAUAACAAGAAUUCAGAGUGAUUGAAAUAAAUAUAAAUGGACAGAAAAAUCAACACGAUUAAGAUGAGACUGAGGAUGGUUAACAAUUAACAAGGAAAGUACCAAAUUAUAUCUACUGUUGUACUACUUUUAAUCUAAUUAAAAUCAUACUUAAGAA